CUGUUGCACCCGUAUCACGGAGUUUAUGGUAUGGCGACAUUAGACCACCAAGUGUUUGAGCAGAUCCAGCAAAGACUCGAUGAAGAGACGGCUCGCAAAGAUGAAAUCCGACAAAUUGUACGAGAUCUCGAUCGUACGGCGCGCAUUCAAAUCGCAUAUUUGAAUCGUAUACAUGCCGAUCCGACUGGGCCAGUACCCACAGUGGAUUUCGAGCCUCUAAGGGAGCUAUUGCAAACAUUAGACAAGCUGGUGCCUGAGACUCAAUAUUACAAAUACUGUGAUCUCUGGAGAGGAACACUGCAACAAAUCCUGUUUCUAGUGGCCUUCUCAACCUAUUUGAAGCAUGAGCGAGUUCCAACCAUCGCAGAAUUCCAAGAUGCAUUAGAGUUAAAGGUCGAUAUCCAGAAUGAAUUGCUUGGGUUGCACAUACCAUACGAAGACGUACUCCAGUCUUUCAUCAGUGUGGCAAAUGAAUUGUCCCGGCUUGCUGUCAAUUCAGUCACUAGUGGAGACUACGAUCGACCACGCAGGAUAUCCAGCUUUGUCAAGGACUUGAUGGCAGGAUUUCAACUUUUGAACUUGAAGAAUGAUAAUUUACGAAAGAGGUUUGACAGCCUUAAAUACGAUUUGAAGCGCAUAGAAGAGGUCGUAUACGAUGUGUCGCUUCGAGGAUUAACACGACAGUAGUGGAAGAUAUUAUCGUACGUAGAAAUACGAGGCAGUUAUUAAGAAUGGUUAUAAAAAAAAAAUGAGGGAUGUACAAAUGGAGUGGAGUGUA